AUGGACUACAAUGAUCACGAGAGGAUUUGGGAUAUGCAAAAAAUAGAGACAUAUUUUGAGGAUCACUGCAUACCUAAUAUCAUAACUAUUGAGAUAAAAAGUGGGAAAGAGGAUCAACUUACUUGGACUUUGGAACAGAAAGGUUGCUUCACUACUAAGUCGCUUUACAAUAAGCUGAUAAGAGUUGGAAGAAAAGAAGAUGCUCAAGCUCAGAGAAUGUGGAAAGAAAUAUGGAGCAUAAAUGUGAUGCCAAGAAUCAAAACCUUCAUAUGGAAAUGUUUGCUCUCGAUCUUACCUCUCAAUGAAAGGAUUGGUCAUAUUAUUUACUCAAUUAACAAAUUAUGCUCCAACCGUGGGAAGCAGGAAGAAACCCUAACCCACUUAUUUAUGUAUUAUGAUUUUACUCUUGCUGUGUAUGAUAGGCUAGGUCUUCACAUGUUAUAUUUACAAAAUACUGAUUUGGACUUUCACAGGUGGUUUCUAAAUUUCUUAUAUAUCCCUAGCCAUGAUAUUAGCUAUAAAGGAAAUAAUGUGGAAGUAAUAGGCACGGCCAUGUGGGGAAUUUGGAAAGCUAGGUGUGAUUGGGUUUUUGAUAAGAAAACUCUAAACAUAAGUAGAACAGCUGAUUUGAGCGUCACAAUAAUAAACAUCAAUAGAAAUACCAAACUCAACCUAGAAAAUAGCCAGGAAAUAGAAGUUAAGAGGUCUAGAGUUUCAGUUAAACCUGACUGUUUUACCAUUAAGGUUAAUAUUGUGUGUGCUACCAGAAUGAAUUCAAAUUCUUCUGCAAUUGCUCUAAUUACUUCUGAUAAUACAGGGGAUUUCCUUGGAGGAAAGACUCUCCCAGCAGUAGCAGACGAUGGGCCGGACUUGGAGGAGCAGGAAGCUUCUACGAUAAUCCAAUGGUUACGACAAUUGAAUCACCCAAAUGUUCAAAUUGACAGUGACAACGAGAAAGUCUUGGAAGCAAUCUCUCUUCAAGUUUUAGAUCUCCGUAACAAUCGAAUCAAGAUGCACGGAGACAACACUAAAAACUUUAUAUUAUGCAUCAAUAGUAUUUAUAGUAUUAACCUUAUCCCGGUAGUUGAGAACCAUAUAGCUUGUAAGCUAGCAUCUAAGAGUCUUAACUUGUCUGUUAUUUGUAACUGGUAUCCUCAAACUCUCAAGAAUUUUUUGCCGACUCUGGUGAGACAGGAAGGAAACAAUAUUAUUGUCAUGUAA